AGAAUUGGUCUACUGUAUUCAGACAAGCAUUGUUCAGCUGUCCUAGUCUUCCAGCAUGGCAUUCAAUGAUGUCUUGGAGUCCAUUGGGGGAGUUGGCUGCUUCCAAAUCUCACAAGUCAUCUUUCUGGUGAUCCCAGUCUGCCUUAUUGCUUGCCACAACUUCCUCCAAAACUUCACUGCUGCUAUUCCAGACUACCACUGCAAACCUUCGAUUCAGGGCAACCGGACCUUUCUCUCUAACAUCACUGCCAAAGAGGGAAUCCUACUAAAGGCAUUCAUCCCCAUGGACCAAAAUCAGAAGCCAGAGAAAUGUCUCCAGUUUUCCACAAUUCAGUGGCACCUUUUAAAUCCAAACACCACCAUCAUUGAGAAUGUCACUGAGAUGCAUACCCAGCCCUGUAUUGGUGGGUGGGUAUACGACACGACUGUUUUUGAGUCUACCAUUGUCUCCGAGUGGGACUUAGUGUGUGACCUGCAGGUGCUGAGAGAUGUAGCUCAGUCCAUCUAUAUGGCUGGAGUGCUAGCCGGAGCUAUUGUAUUUGGAGCUUUAUCGGACAGGUUUGGACGGCGCAUCCCCUUGAUCUCAUCGUACCUGCAAAUUGCCAUUACUGGCACCAGCACAGCAUUCCUGCCCUCCUUCAGCAGCUACUGUGUGUUCCGCUUCAUGGCUGGCAUGACAUUUUCAGGAAUUGUACUGAAUUCCUUCUCUUUGAUUCUGGAAUGGACACCCACCAAAGGCCGGAUAGUGGCAGGUGCCUGCUUGGGUUAUUUUGUCACUUUUGGACAGAUAAUCCUGGCAGGGGUUGCAUACAAGAUCAGGAACUGGCGCUGGCUUCAACUUGCUGUCUCAGUGCCUUUCUUCAUUGCCUUUUUAUGUUCAUGGAAACUCUCAGAAUCGCCACGCUGGCUCCUCCUCCACAACAAGUCUCAUGUGGCUGUCAGGAACCUGAAGAAAGUAGCUGCAAUAAAUGGCAAAAAGAAGGAAGGAGACAAAAUCACCCAACAGGUAUUGAAUUCCCACAUGCAAACAGAAACCACCAAAUUAAAAUCCAGCCACACCGUCUUCGACCUCUUUCGCACCCCAGCCUUGCGGAGAGUCACUUGCUGCCUCAUGGUCAUCUGGUUUUCCAGUUCCUUUUCCUAUUAUGGCUUAGCAAUGGAUGUGCAAAAAUUUGGGAUGAACAUCUAUAUUGUGCAGAUGAUGUUUGGAGCACUCGACCUCCCUGCUGUGCUGCUCUCAACCUUUACAAUGAUCUUUGUUGGUCGCCGCAUCACCCUAGCUGGCUUCUUUACCAUUGGUGGGCUUAUGGUGCUUAUCAACAGGUUUGUGCCAGAAGAACUGCAAACCCUGAGGACGGCACAAGCAGCACUUGGGAAAGGGUGCCUGGCUAGUUCCUUUAUUGGUGCAUAUCAGUAUUCUGGAGAACUCUAUCCUACAGAAAUUAGGCAAACAGGCAUGGGUUUUGUAUCAACGCAAGCUCGGAUUGGUGCCAUGAUAGCCCCCCUCGUCUACAUGCUUAGGGACUCCUUUCCCAUCCUGCCAUCACUGAUAUUUGGAGCAGCUCCUCUUCUUGCAGGAGUCGUUACCUGCUUCUUAACAGAAACAAGAUGCUCACCCCUCCUGGAAACCAUUGCUGAGAUGGAACAACGGGCCAGAAAAGUACAACCACUGAAGGAAGAAGAGAUUUCUCUCCAACAGCAAGCAACUGGUCAUUUGAAAGAGUCUGUUUAGUUUUCUCUGAGUUACUUCUCAUCUGAGGGUGAAAUGCUUCUGCUGAAAUUAGCGAAAUAGAGUGCAUGUUGUCCUUCCGGUUCCUCUCCCCUUUGCCUCCUUAUGUGUGCGUAGUAGGUAUACUGUAAUCAUUGCAGCUGGACACUGGGAUUUUGCCUCAUAAAUCCUUCCUCCUUUUCAAGAUUUCAUGAGUAAUCCAGAGCAUGCACUUUUCUCAUCCUUUUCCUUGGCUGCAAGUCAGUAGGGCUCCCAGCAAUUUGUGUUGCAGUUACACAAAAGGUAUCUUUGCAAAAUAUGCCUACAGAUGUCUCAAGUGACAUGAGCUGCUACACCGUUGUUAUUGGAUCUGGGUCCCAUUUAUGCCUAGUGUAUGUAGCAUCACUGACGUUUUCCCAUGAACCACUGCCUAUAACACCAUUCUGGUUUCAAGAAGCAAGACAUGAAAAGCUCAUAACUGUAUCUUUAUAUUGCCUCUCAGCUGUUUUAGAUUGCUUUGUUUUGCUUACUGGCCUGCCCUCCAGUGACCUCAGACCCAACUGAUUCUUGUUGUGAUCUGUGUCCAGGCAUCAAUCAUGUUACGCUGCUUUUUGAUUUACUGUUUUUAAAUACAUUUUAACUGGUAAUUUGUUAAUGCUGUGAAUUUUAUGAUGGGACCUGCCUUGAGCCUGCUUGUGGGGAGGGCAGGAUACAAACUGAAUAAAUAAAUAAAUAGGUACUUUA